CCCUUGGCUGGCGUCUCACCCGAUCACACACAGUCACAGCAGCUGAGCAGCCCCGCUCUCCAGUCUCCACACCUCCUGCGGCCGGCCCGACGGCCCCCCGACACCGAACAUGAAGAGGGAGAGACGUCACGGCAUGAGCGCACGGCUACCGACCAUGCUGCUGGCAAUGCUUCUGCUGCUGGCGACCGAGCUCGCCUCCUUCGGCUGCUGCGGCCACGGGAUUCCCAGAGCGGACGUGGCGGCGUGGAGGCAUAGACGGGUGGCCGUGCCGGCGGCGGCGGCGGCGGCGGCGGCGGCGGCGACGACGACGGCAGGCGCGCGCGCUACUACGUCGCCCUCCCCCACGGCAGCCCGGGACGACGCCGAGGCGGCGCUCGGCGAGUCCAAGAGGCUGGUGCCGCAGGGCUCCAACCCGCUGCACAACUAGGAGCGUGAGCGUGAGAGCGAGGAAGCAAAGCAGGCGCGUGCAGGUUCUUCGUUCGGCUAGCUUUCAUGUAUUUUUUUUUACUCCCUCGCUAGGUCACACACAGGCACACGGCCAUUGAUGUGCGCCUGUAACUGUAAUUAGCUAGCGACGCAACACACGGCAGCAGUAGGGCUAGCUAUGGAGUCUGGAUCCAAUCCAGCAACACACGACAAGAGUGUACAGUACAUGCAUGCAUGCAUGCAUGCAUGCAUGAUUCUUUUGCCAUGCAUGGUCUUUCCGAUCAAGGAUUUGAUUCAUCAGUAGAUAGCGAGCAACGAAUUGAGAGUUGGGACUUU